GUGAGCCUGAGAAACACGGAAAAGCAGGUCACUGUAUGGACGCCAGAGGAUCGAACCCACGAGUUGGAGACCGGUUUAAGCGCCCUGUCAGUCUUUUCAUAGAGCAGGAUAGAGGGAAGGAAGUGAAUAGAGAUGAAAUGAGAGGCAGGCUCAGGGAGAGGAAGGAGGCAGAUCAGGCAUCACUGACACACGAGGGGGAGAGGAAAAGCUAGCAGCAAAUACAGGCAAGUUGAUUUGAUGCCAUUGCUGUCUAACUCGAUGGCAAGUUAACUGGAUACGGACAUAGACACAUUAACACACACACACAAUUCUACACAUUCUACACAUACACAGAAACUACUCUGAGUAAUGGACAGAGAUGGAAGGAAUGAGAAGUUUUUCUCCAGAAAGAGAAGUUUCACAUUUGGCGCUUAUGGAGGGGUUGACAAAUUUAUUGGUGAAAAUGAGUCCUGCAGUCCAGAAUCCGUGGAACACAAUAUUGUGGAUGUCUUGGACACACUACCCAGUGAGACCAAACCAGUUUUAGCAGCCACUUCAACACAGAAGGUGACAGAACUUUUUGAGAUCAUUGCAAAGCUACAGGGCAGUAGGCUGGAUGAACAGCGGUGUGAGUUUCCAACUUCUCUCAGGCUACUGAGAAUAGGAGGUGCCUUACCACUCCUCCUGCCUCCCAAGUCCGGGGGUUACUGGGUUGACCCCCCCUUGCAGAGGUGUGUUGAGACCAGUCCCACGUGUUCCCAGAAUGCAUUUGGCCUGGAGAGCUACGACAUCAUGGAGAGGGACAAUGAGGCGAAGAUCUACCAGCAGUUUUUCAGGCACAGACACCAUCACUCAUUCACAGCUUCAGACAGCUCCAUGGGACCCCUCGUCCUGUCUGUUUGUCUAGAGGAGGAAGAGAAGUGGCUCCGGGUCAUCUUGAGACUGAAAGAAUGUUCUUUGCAUGGAACCUUCUCGGUGUCACUGUUCCAGCAGCUGCCCACAGCUGUGGAGUUGGCCAGGAUGCUUUGUGAGAAUGUGACCGUGUCCAGAUUUGAAACAGUCAGCUACCUGAAGGCCCCAGAACUCAUCACUGCAUUUGAUGAGCACAGGGUGUCUCAUAACUUCAAGUUUGGCAUCUUAUAUCAGAAAGAAGGGCAGCUGACGGAGGAGGAUAUUUUUAGCAACAACAUGGAGAGUGAGGAGUUUGUGGACUUCCUCUCGAUUCUCGGACAGACAGUGAAGCUGAGGGGAUUCACAGGAUUCCGAGGAGGCUUGGAUGUGUCACAUGGGCAGACAGGAAGUGAGGCGGUGUUUACUUCCUUUCAUGGGAGGGAGAUCAUGUUCCACGUGGCCACCAAACUGCCAUUCACAAACGGAGAUGUGCAGCAGUUGCAGAGAAAGAGGCACAUUGGGAAUGAUAUUGUCGCUCUGGUCUACCAGGAGGGAAACACACCAUUCCUCCCAGAUGUGAUCAGCUCCCACUUCCUUCACUGUUUCAUCGCUGUGAGGAGGGUGAAGCGAGGCCCAGAGGGGAGGGGAGAAGACGGGGGGGCCUUCCAGGUAGCGGUCACUGCACGAGAGGAUGUCCCACCCUUUGGCCCACCACUACCAUCUCCACCUGUUUUCACCGAGGGCUCAGUUCUAAGAGAGUUCCUCUUGACCAAACUCAUCAAUGCGGAGAUCUCCUCCUAUAAGGCUGACAGGUUCAGCAGAUUAGAGCUGCGCACCCGCUCCUCACUCUUAGUGGGGUUGCAUUCUGAACUGUCUACCCGCUCCCAGUGUAUGCUAGGAGAGCCACCGCCACCUACUCUCUCCGUCAGCGAGGGAGGCAAAGGUGCCCCAGAGGGAGGUGGGGGUUUCAUCGAAAACUUCAAGAGAGCGAUCAGGGUCCGGAGUCACUCCUUCGACACCCUGGGAACACCAAAGAGGGCUGGUGGUCCUGCGCCCACCAAAUCUAAGACGAACACAUCAGAAAAGGACAUAGACAGUGAACCAAGCCAAAGUUCAACAGGAACUGCUCCUCAGCUCACCGACGGCCUCCUAUCUCCUGGGCAGACUAGCCCUCAAGAGGAAACAUAGAGAGGAAGCACGAGCUCUGCCCAUGAAGAGUACAGAUACAUUUAUGUAAAGAUGCAUAACCUGGAAGAGAUUAAACUUGACCGUAGGCACUGGAUUGAAAGGAUUUUAUGGAGGUGUAACCUGUUGGACUCUCUGUUUAUGUCUGAGUAACUGUAAGCUAUGUUUUUAGAAGCCUACCUACCUGCACUCUGUGAAUAACUUAUCUUCCUGUAAACUGAAACCGAGGAAUGAAGUGCUUUUUGAGCACUCUUCAAGUGCAAUAUCACUUUAUGGUUGUUGGUGAAUAUUAAGUGUUGUUGGUGAAUAUUAAGUUGGAUGAAGAUACAGCCAUGUCGUGUUAUUGUAAUAAAGUAUAAAUAUAUGGCUA